CUAAACGAAGAAAAAAGAAAGACAAAAAUAACUACCUCUCCGACACCCCGCCUUAUUUCUCGUCUCUCCUCAUUUCCCUGCCUUUUCUCUCUCCGGAUUCAAUCCGCCAUUGUUAUCCAUUCUUCUCCAACACAACACAACACUUUUCUUCAAUUAUUCUCAACAAUGUCAGCGUCGGAAUCUGCUUCCGCCUCCGGCCGCGGAGAUUAUAAGAAUUUCCGUAUGACUAGCCGUGACCGUUUGUUAUAUGAGAUGCUCCAAUCAACUUCAAGUGAAUCAAAAUCAUGGAAGGUACUGAUUAUGGACAAAGUCACUGUCAAAGUUAUGUCCUCAUCAUGCAAGAUGGCAGAUAUCACGGAUCAGGGGAUUUCAUUGGUUGAAGAUCUUUUCAGGAGAAGGCAACCUUUGCCCUCUCUGGAUGCUAUUUAUUUCAUUCAGCCAACAAAGGAGAACAUAGUCAUGUUCUUGUCUGACAUGUCAGGAAGAGAACCUCUGUACAAAAAAGCAUUUGUCUUUUUCUGCCAACCUGUUCCGAAGGAACUAGUUAAUCACAUCAAGAGCGAUAUGAGUGUGGUACCCCGUAUAGGUGCUUUAAGAGAGAUGAAUUUGGAAUUCUUCCCGGUGGAUAGUCAGGUGUUUGUUACUGAAAAUGACUCUGCUUUGGAAGAUUUUGUUGGAGAGAAUUCGCAAAAUGCUCGGAAAUUUGAUGCUUGUAUGAAUACGUUAGCAAUUCGGAUUGCUACUGCCUUUGCUUCAUUAAAGGAGCUCCCCUAUGUGCGGUUUCAAACUGCAAAGGAUCCUGAUACAGCGUCCUCUCAUGAGUUAAUUCCCUCAAAGCUGGCUUCAGCAGUUUGGGACCGUCUUAAGUUAUAUAAAUCCACAAUUCCUAAUUAUCCCCAAAAGGAAACAUGCGAGUUUCUUAUCCUGGACAGAUCUGUUGAUCAGAUUGCUCCAGUGAUACAUGAAUGGACUUAUGAUGCCAUGUGUCACGACUUACUGGAAAUGGAUGGGAACAAAUUGAUACUUGAGGUCACUAAUAAAGCAACCGGUCAGCCUGAGAAAAAAGAAGUCCUUCUGGAAGACAGUGAUCCUGUAUGGUUAGAGAUUCGUCAUUUACAUAUUGCGGAAGCUAGUGAACGGUUGCACGAGAAAAUGACUAACUUCGCAUCGAAGAACAAAGCUGCUGCAUUGAGUCAAGCCUCAAGAGAUGGAGCAGAGCUUUCUACACGAGAUUUGCAAAAGAUGGUUCAAGCUUUGCCACAAUACACCGAACAAAUGGAAAAACUUUCACUGCAUGUGGAGAUUGCUGGAAAAAUUAACAAAAUUAUCAGAGAUAUGGGGCUUCGAGAACUUGGGCAGCUGGAACAGGAUAUAGUAUUUGGGGAUGCAGGAACAAAGGAGAUCAUUACCUUCUUAAGGGCACAUCAGGAUGCAUCUGCUGAUAAUAAAUUGCGAUUGCUGAUGAUUUAUGCCAGUGUGCACCCUGAUAAGUUUGAAGGAGACAAGGCCUCAAAAAUAAUGCAGUUAGCCAAAUUGUCGGCAGAGGAUAUGAAGGCUGUUAAAACUAUGAGAUUGCUUGCUGGAUCAUCAAUUUCUAAGAAGAAACCAAGUGGGAGUUUCUCUCUAACAUUUGAUGGUCAAAGGAAGAAAAUUGCUGCUAGAAAAGAUAAAACCAAUUACGAAGAGGAAAGUUGGGCAUUAUCCAAAUUUUAUCCUAUGCUAGAGGAACUCAUAGAAAAUGUGAACAAAGGUGAGUUGUCAAAGAAUGAUUAUCAAUACAUCAAUGAACCAACUCCAGUCAACAGAGAACACAUUCGAAGUCAGAGCACUUCUCUCAGCUCAACAACAACAACAACGGCAACUGGUCCACCACGUUCAAUGAGAUCAAGAAGAACAGCAACAUGGGCUCGCCCUCAUAGUUCUGAAGACGGAAGCAGUGACUCAGUAUUGAGAAAUUCACCCAAUGAUUUUAAGAUGAUGGGUUCACGCAUUUUCAUAUUUAUCUUUGGUGGAGCUACUAGAUCUGAGAUACGAACUUGUUACAAGCUCACUAACAAACUUAGGAGGGAAAUUAUACUUGGUGCAACAUGUAUAGAUGAUCCUACACAGUAUAUUACGAAACUCAAGCAAUUCUCAGGAAAAGGUCUCUCUCUAGAAGGACUUCGAAUUUGAGCAUCUUCUUCCUUCAGCAGCUAUAAGAGGAGAAACGGAGAUGCUUCUAACUGAUCAUCAAUAUAUUUUAGCUUUUUUGUUCUCAUUUUUCCUACAGGAACUUUAAAAAACGGGAGUUCAAUACAGCAGAAUAGCAGCAGCAUCAAGACUGCUUCAUAGAGGCUAAUUAUCAGAUUAGCGCAGAUAGAGAGAUUAAGGAUGUUAAUUCUUCUCAAGACUUUGUUCCAUUUGAGUGAAAGUACAACAUACCAGUAAUGCGAAAACAUUUCAUUCUACACUAACACUCGUUGUAACUCUUGUAAGGAUAUAGGAGGCAAGUUAUUAGAAAAUAUGUGUUGUAAUUUGUAAAACAGUAUAACAUCAGCAAUAUAUAUAUCUGGGCUACUAAAAUUAAGAGCGCCA